AUGGCAAUUGCUGGAUCUGCAUCUGCUUUCUUUGAAGCAUGGGUCAUAAUCAGAGUGCGAGUCGAGUUCGGCCUUUGUCUCGUCUCUCUCUCCGAUCUCCCGGCUUUCUUAAAGUCCAGCUCAAGUGCUAACUGGCCAACCCUUCUAUCCAUUGGCCAGCAGAUCUGGAACGACCCAGAGGUUGGCCUCGACGAAACUCAUGCACACGACCGCAUCGUCAACCACCUUUAUUCACUCUCGGCUUGGUGUAUUAGCAAUGAAAGCACUUGCCACUAUGCCAGUGAAGGAAAACUGGUAGGUGCAGGCUCAGGGUUUGCCGGCAUGGUCGAGGUCAACGUGAAUACGAACGGGUCGGAUAUCGUGGGAGGCUACCGAGGAGCUGAGCACCUGGCAAUAAGAGUUGCAGGAAUGGCCUUCGUAACAGCACAGCUCUUUGUGAAGAUGGAAAGGGACACUGUCGAGGAAUGGCAAGGUGAGGAUGUCGAAAGUUAUCAGCCUGAACAUUGA